CAUAAUCGCCUUAGUGCCGUGUUACUUUCACUACCGUUGCAACAGUUCAAUCUCUCACUGCCAGAAAGGUCGUUGUUUUCGUGUUGUUAAAUUAACGAUACUGUUGCUAAAAUGCUCAAGUCGGGCACGUUUGCUGUACGCUUUGUGAAACAGAGUUUGGUCGUUGUGAACGGUUUGCGCACAAUCACAGCUCCAACACAGCGCUGGUUUAGUGAUGAUCACGGCAAGGGAAAUGUAGGCACAGUCGGUGCGGAUGUUGCUCCGAACCAGGAACUACAGCUGACGUAUCUCACCGAGGAGGACAAACAGGGCAUUGCGGUGCUGGGCCUGAAUCGUCCAAAGGCACGCAAUUCCUUCAGCAAAUCACUCGUCAACCAUCUGCUGGAAGCGAUCGAUGUUCUUGCGCACGAUAAGAACGUGCGCGUGGUGAUCCUGCGCAGCUUAGUGCCGGGAAUAUUCUGUGCCGGUGCGGAUUUAAAAGAACGUGCCACAUUUACGCCCCAAGAGGUUAGCCGGUUCGUGUCGAAGUUGCGCCAAAUGAUGGUGAACAUCGAGCAAAUGCCGACACCGGUUGUGGCCGCGAUCGAUGGAGCCGCUCUCGGUGGUGGACUCGAGAUGGCACUCGCCUGUGACAUGCGCGUAGUGGCCACCAACGCAAAGCUCGGGCUGGUAGAAACGAAACUUGGCAUCAUUCCGGGUGCCGGCGGUACACAACGGCUGCCGCGCAUUCUUAACCCAGCCGUAGCGAAGGAGCUGAUCUUUACCGCAAGGCAGUUUAGUGGUGAAGAAGCGAAAGCUCUCGGCAUCGUGAACCAUGCCGUACAGCCAAACGAAACGGGAGACGCUGCGUAUCAGCGUGCGCUUAACCUUGCGAUGGAGAUCGUUCCGAACGGACCGGUCGGUGUUCGGAUGGCCAAGAAAGCGAUCGAUAAGGGCCUGCAGGUCGACAUUGGCACGGGCUAUGCGAUCGAGGAAGCUUGCUACGCACAGGUCAUUCCGACGAAGGAUCGUCUGGAAGGAUUGCGAGCAUUUGCCGAGAAAAGGAAGCCCAACUUCAUUGGGGAGUAACUGUCGGAAGUUCCUCACUGUUGAAUUAUUCCUCCAGACACACACACACAGAUCCCGAGAUGGUUGCAAAACAGUAGGGUAUAACUCUCUGUGAUAGAUGAAAGUGCAUUUAUAUUCCAUUUUACAUAUUUCUACCGAUUUGUUGUUCUUGUUCCGCGUGUGACUCAAAGUUCUUUCCGGUCGAAUGAAGACAAUAAACCUAAACUAAGAUAAA